UCAGCUGAUCAGGUGUACGGAGACCAGGACAUGCAUGAAGUGGUCAGGAAACACUGUAUGGACUACCUGAUGAAGAACGCCGACUAUUUCUCCAAUUACGUGACGGAGGACUUCACCACAUACAUCAACAGGAAGAGGAAAAACAAUUGCCACGGCAACCACAUCGAGAUGCAGGCGAUGGCCGAGAUGUACAACAGACCGGUGGAGGUGUACCAGUACAGCACAGAGCCAAUCAACACGUUCCACGGCAUCCACCAGAACAAUGACGAGCCGAUCAGAGUGAGCUACCACCGCAACAUCCACUACAACUCUGUGGUGAACCCAAACAAGGCCACGAUCGGGGUCGGACUGGGACUGCCUGCCUUCAAACCAGGGGUACCUCAACCACACGCUCUAUGACCACGGGGGGUAUCGAAUGCUUUUAGAGGGCGUCCUUGUGUUCGAGUUUCAGCUCUUGGACACAUAAUGUGACACUGACACUUUUCCCCUCCGGUGGGUGUGGUUUCCAGAGUAUGAAAAGUUGCAGUCUGUCUCUGUAGAGCUGCUACGAAGUCCUGUCUUUACACGCCUUUGCAUUUUUACACAGAACCAAACGACGGUGGCAUCAUGCGGCUCCAGUGUGUGAUGUCAGACAGCAUGAUGAUAUCACAGAAUCAAAAGAGGCGUGACAUGUAA